CACAGUUGGUCAGUUCUGGAGAGCCAGGUCGUUCAGGAGCACACAGCUCUCCUCUUCUCGCUGGCUAAGAUAAUUAACCAAAGAUUUCUGGCGUGUAUCUACUCUUCAAUGCUUUGCUAGGAAAACACAGACUAUUCUCCGGAAAAUUAAGGGCGACAACAAAUUACCGGUCUUGGAGAGUUUGUGCUCAACCCUCUUUGUUCUUGAAGCGAUGAGAGGCAAAGAUGUGAAACGUAGUGAAUGUAUAAGGAAAAGACGUAGUCGAGUGAGCUUUAGCGGGGCCUAGCGAGAUGAUGCGGCGGGCUGUCAGCACAUCGGGCGGUUUAUCAGACUGGAGAGCACGCGCGACCAACUCUAUCCAGCGUAUUGAUGCCGCACAAGCCUCACAACACUGUUAGCUGAAAUACCUGUUCAGUUGUGCAGCUGACCAUUACUGGUUACACUGUUUAUACGAUAAAGGGGCGUAGAGUUGUCUUUAUUUGAUUUACUUUACAUCCUUUUACUGCAUUUGUUACAAAGAAAAGAAGUGUUAUAAGAGGAAAGGGGAUCAAAAUAUGUGAAUGAAUGAAGUUAAGCUGGACGUGCCUUACCUCCUAGGGACCUACCAACAAGAGUGGCCCGGUUAAAAGGUGCUGUUGGCAACCAUAUGCCAGUAAUGUCAAGUUUGAAGGUAUACCUGGAACAUCUACCUUAAGGGUUUCACAGUGGUGCAAAAACCAACGACCGUCUACGCUAAUUUCAAAUAUCAUGGGUGGAAACGGGUCUGACAACAGCACUGACGGGGGUCUUCAGUCAGCGGAAUUAAGCUGGGAGAUACAAAUCCCUUUGUACUGUUUAAUCUUUCUCCUGGCAGUGGUGGGCAAUUUCUUAGUUAUCAUCACCAUCAUACAGAACAAACGGAUGCGAACUGUGACGAAUGUGUUUCUGCUCAACUUGUCUAUCAGUGAUCUUCUGCUGGCGGUAUUCUGUAUGCCUUUCACAUUCGUCCCGAUUAUUCUCAAAAAUUUCAUCUUUGGAGCUACGAUGUGUGUUAUGAUCAGAUAUUUACAAGGGGUAUCUGUCGGUGUCAGCUGUUUCACGUUGGUCACCAUUUCAAUGGAGAGGUACUUUGCAAUUUGCAGGCCGCUAAGUUCCCGAAGCUGGCAGACUUUAUCUCACGCUUAUAGAGCUAUCGGUGUGUGCUGGAUCGUGGCCGGUGCCAUCAUGAUACCUAUCGCUGUCCACACCAGAUACGGCCCCAUCAGGAUUGGUUACGCCUGUCGAGAGAUCUGGCCUAACAAAGACUACAAACUCGCCUACACAGUCCUCAUUGACUUAGUCCUUCUGCUGUUCCCUUUACUGAUUAUGUCCCUGGCGUACGGGAUGAUCGCCCGGACUCUUUGGAUGGGGAUACAAUUGGACAAGAAGAGCGAGAAAGCCGCGAAUGGAGGCCCAUCUGAAGAAGAUCAGGAAACGUACAUCAUGCAAGAUAUGAAAAAUAACGGCGAUUUACAACAAAGUAAAAACAGACGGAAAUUUGAUUACGGACGAGGAGUUCGCCAGAGUAACGCAGAGAAAACCCGAGCCUCCAAAAAGAGAGUGAUCCGAAUGCUGUUCGUGAUUGUGUUGGAGUUCUUUAUUUGCUGGACGCCGUUGUAUGUGGUCAUUACAUGGAAGGUGUUUGAUUACCGGAGUGCUCACCAACAUAUCUCUUCGUUCGGAGACUCUUUUAUCUACUUGCUGGCUUACGUGUCGUCCUGUUGUAACCCCAUUACCUAUUGCUUUAUGCAUAAGAAGUUCCGACAGAGCUUUAUAACCACGUGUAAAUGUGGGAAAUUUUGUGUGAGAAAGAGCUUAAAACGGCGAAACCAGUUUUCCAUAUCUGGCCAGUCAUCAAUCAGAACAGGUACGGUCCGAUGGCCACGGAGACAGGAAGCCUGGAUGUGUCACAUGACAAUCAAUGAAUCACCAGCCACGUGAUAUGAUUGAGUGAGACAAGUUUUAUUUGUUGCAAGUGCAUUUUCUGUUUGAACUCUCUUCUAUUAACGAAAAAGUGUUUAUAUCCAGUAUGGCUGAUGGCUGAUAUACGAAUGUUUGUUAUGACGCUUAUAUCCACGGUAUGCAGAAACAACUGAGGCGUUCAUUUGAAUUGUUUGUGUUUAUAAAAAGAUGUUAUCAGAUUAUUCUAACAUUUUAAAUAUAACAACUGUUGUUUGCUUUUAAAUUAACCGACCAGUUCUGUUGGACGCAUUUGCAUGUGUGUGUUUGAAAUCGAUACGUUAUGUCGAAUAAAAACGUUCUAAAUAAAGUUUGAAUAGUUUGAUUUUCCACAGCACGUAAAUGAGGAUGUUUUAUGUUCCUCUCUUGUGAACAUCAUAUAACAUAAAACACCUGACUGGAGACUGACGAAUUACUGUGUCAACAUAAUAUUUCAGUGAGUUACAAUACUAUUGCCACGUGUUCAUGAAGCGGAUGCAAUUGAAUGUUUUUUUUAAACAAAUGUGUUCUUUUGAAUCAUAAUACUGACGUCAGAACUUCAAGACCUAGACUUCUGAAGUAUGGUAACUACACGGUAUUUUGGACACGAAGUCAUUAUGUAGGACAUGUGAUCUGACAAAAUUGUAAAAAAAAAAGUGUGCCCGUCUGUUUUCAUGACAUGUGUGUUGAUGGUGAAUCACAUUUUACUUUGCCAUGAUAUUAUCCCAGUAUUCAACAGUAACACACGACGACGCACGCUCUGGAUACAAUAGUCAUGUGUACAUUCGCACCUUGCCUCUCUGUAAACAUUACACUAUGAUAUGAGAGAAUAUAACCAUAUACUAACUGCAAUCUGCAUAGUUCGGAAUUCUUGAAUACACUAUAAACAUUAUUUUACGUUAGAAUUUUUCAAAUUUUGCCCAAAUGCGAUAGUGGAUAUAGGUACAUAAAGCGAAUUUCAAAGCUGUAAAGUCCAUAUUAAAUUUAUUGCCCAAUCCGAAAUAUUCCUACUCAAUCCUAUGCGCGAGUCUACCGAAAAGUGAGACCACCUUGAGUUAGUUGUUGGCGAGUUUGUGUCAACGCAAUAUAAACUUCAGCGACAGAAUCGUAAAAACGUCGAUAGACUCGUCAGAUAAUAUUCUAAACAAGUUUAGUUAAUACAGGUAGGUUGUCUUAUUCACAUGUAGCGGACAGUUUGGACAUUUUUGUGAUCGAAGGGUAUACGGUUUUUCAUGCGUUUGCGAAAUCCCAGUUUACUGAAAGCCACGAAUUUAAUACUGCAAGGUGAAAUUCGAUGUGAAGUUUGAGCACCAUGUGUGCACCCUUUCAUUUGCUGAAAUACUUGCUUGAUUGGUGUUAAAAGCUGUACAGGCUAAGCUUUGACAAGUAAUAGUUCUGUCUUAAGGUCUCGGGGAAACUUGUCAGAAGAAAAACAUGCGAUUAAUGACAAGGAAAUACACAGAAUGCAAAAUACUGUCUGAAAAACUAAACCCGCUGCUUUUCCACAUAUGACUCUUGACACGCACAGGAAACUUUUGGACCUUGACAUCAUUCAGCUGAAAAAAUGGUUAUAAUCUUUUAACGCAUUCCAACGCUAUUAUAACCAGUGACAUGAACGGUAAUGGGCCUUGAGAAUGUAGCCCAAACUAAUAGCUGUACGUUUCAGUCCAUCACUCAAAGAUUUUAACAAAUACUUAAAAACAUAAGCUGUUUUUCACAGUUGAGAACAAUCCACUACCUCACACAUAAAUAUAGCAUUGACAUGACAUUGAGCAAAAUGUCAUCGGUUGCUACACUGCUCGAUAUUUAAAAAGUAAGUUAAUAAAUUAAUGAGAUAUUUAAUUGGCACUGCCUUUAGGAAGAACUAGUGUGCCGUAAAAUCAAAGCGAAUGCCUUUGUCACAAAUUUUUUUUCCUGCAGCUCUUACUCUCACUAUGUCGUCAUACGGUUAGGUUGACAGAUCUUUGAUUGUUUCAAACCAUAUUCGCAAACGACGUACAGUUCCACGAUCUGUUUAUCUAUUACUUCUGCAACAUAUGUGCAGUUUUGUAAUCAUAUCGAGACAAAUGACAGCUCGGCACCUUAUGAGGUCGCCAGUCGGCUCUAGGAAACAAAUCAUAGACUUUUGUAGCCUCCCACGCAAAUUUCCCUCAGGAAGCAUCCCGGAUUCAAAUCUGACACGAAACAGAUAAAAUGUAGCUAAAUGAGUCCCAUAGGCUUGGUCCCGUUGUAUUGUUAUCUUCUUUAUUAAAUGUGAUGACAACUCAGCAUUUGAGUAAUAGUGGACCAAUGACGUCUACUUCAUAAACAACUAACAUCUUUUAUUUAUCUUACUAAUUCUACUUUAGCCAUGUGUCAGGGUUCCUGAGGACUGCGAGUUGGGGUGGUCUGAGUUGCUCCUUUUAAAGCAUUCGCAUGACUAUUCUGAAUACAAACUUAACUAAGGUAAAAUGAUUAGGUUUACUUAUUUCUGGCUACUGGUGUCCAUUUGCCAACUAUAAUACUGUAGUGCUGCAUGUCUAACCUAGACGUAGGCUUGAAUACCGUGAAUGUCAAUCAAAAGACGGGUUUUCCACCGUGUUACGACAUAAAUGUUGAAUUUAAGAAGGGUGAUGACGUAAUUCGAUUAUUUGACUACUUCUUGGUGUAUAAAUACAGUGUAAAUGACAAAAUUACAGCUGAUAUUUCAAUUAGGAUAUGACUUUUGAUUGCUAGAACAACUGAGUUAAAUUCUGGGAGCACGCUGAUAUACAAUCCAAUCAUCCAUUCUUUUUGUGUAUACCCAGAACAGUUAUAUUGCGGCACUGGACCAGGUUCUGUUUUCCAUGACAAUGCAGACAUUCUCAUCGGAUACAUUGCCGUGUUGUGUUCACCAGGGGAGCUAUUCAAUCUCAAACAGGUUUGUUAUCCCUUAGUCAUCUGUCUUUGGACAGAGCCAAAAACAGAUUAGGACAGCGUUUCCUCAAUCAAAGAGUGUCUUUUUAUCGUGUAGAACGUGACCUAAUCAACAGCAAGGACAUUCAAGAGCGAUCCAAUCUGACUUUUAUCACACGGGGACGACCACUGUGUGUCGGUAGAUAGAUGAAUGGUUUUGUCAGGCAAGGAUACAUGGAAAGCAGGGACGAUGGAGUCCUUGCACUUGGUGAUGGUAGAGAUAGAAGAUCAUGACACCGCCUAUAGCUGCUUUGUCAUCGCCGGGCCAAAGUGACUCUUGAUUAUACCUUGAGAGCUUUGUGUUGGAACAAUAAAGCUGCUGUUUUACACCUAUAAUCAGAUUUCUCCCUCAAGAUCGGGUUAUGUUUGAAGAGGUUAGUACGGUUUGUAGAUUGAAGACAAGCUGCAGAUAGACAAGAAACUGCUUAUAGACUAAAGCGUUGAGAGACAGUGAUGGCAGACGCAGCUGUUCGCAAGAUGUUGCUCGUUCUCUCUUUCUUCGUUCCGGGGAAGCACAUUACACGCGUCCUUCGCUAACGGUUAGCCCUCGUGGCGAGAAUCUAUCCAAGGGGUGUACAACUGUAAACAACCAGGCGUGCAUGUCACUGACAGAGCUAAGUGGAGCGCUCGUAUUUAUAGACAAGACAAAGUGCGUAUAUUCCCGAGGCACGGAACUGCCCUAUCAGGAAUGUACAUGUGUACCCAGCAUUCCUGACGUUACGCGCUGACGUUUGAAAUAAUGAGUUAAUGGAUGAAAGGUAUGUGGUCCACGUAACACAGACGAACAUGGGAUGAGAGGAAAGAAGGUGAAAAAAUGGCACGGAUAUGAUAGUGGAUGUCGGGCUGAUGAAUUGAUGAAAUGACGUGUUACGUAGGUUAACUGUGGUUAGCCGUAUUCCUACCUAAUAAGAGAGUCAGUCUCGGCUAAAUGUUGACUAGGGUUUCUAGGGUGUGUCAUUUAGCCUUCAGCUGGCUAUGAAGCCCACACAGAGGCUAAGCAAUAUAAACUGGCACAAUACUAGUAUAAACACUUGCAAAAGUUUCAAGGGUUAUACAAAGGCCCAAACACUCAAAUGCGUCUUUCAUGGGUGGGUUAUCAUUUUUCAAUGAAAUUUCUAUAAUAUGAAUGUUUUCAUGUACCUAAAGGUGACUCUCGACCAGUUGCUAUUUGCUAAGAACUCCUUUAGCCUGCACCUAUAUAACCCACAUUUGACCUGCAAGUUCCCAAACGAAGUGUGUUUAAGAUAUGCCUAUAUAGAGGUUCAUACCGCACUUAUAAUGUAAUGCUCUGACCCUACCAAAAAUUCCACCCACGAAAAUAUCCAGAGGGUGGUAUACACCCGAGGUGUGCGGAUAAAACAAUGCCUCUGCUACAGCAGCGGUGGAUAUGAAUGUGUUUGGAACAUUACCAAAUAUCAAUGAACGAUUGAAAUAUGCCAGGAAAGGUCAGCACACCAGGUGGAGCCACGUGACAGUAGUGGAUACUGCAACAAAUGUUAUUCCUAUAUUAAAGUAAUUUAGAGGAUGACACUACUUGUGCACGCAGUAAAAUGAAGUAGUUGGCCAUAAGCUAACGAACAAUUCGCCCCCUGGUGUCGGAUCGGGAAACUAAAGACGUCUUUCAAUUAGCCUUACCAGAGAGUAUAGUAUAGUAUAUAUAAUUUCUAAGAUAUAGUACUUACUUAAAUAUACUUAUUACUCCUUACUUACUAUACUUAAACAGAAUCAAUGUAUGCUUUGUGGACAGCCGUUUACAUGUUAACUGCUGGCAAAUCCC